AUGGAAGAGAAUGAUUCAGAUGCGACACUUCCAUCAGAUACAUACACAGAAUCUCAAUUGCCUUCACAACGUUCUGUUCGUCAAAAAUACGAUGCGGCUUGGGCAUAUGUCACUCAAACUGUAGAUUCACUUGGAAAAAAUGAUGGUCAAGUUUCUCAUCAAGGUUCUGUGCCUUUGAGUCGGAAAAGAAAUGGUAGUACCGAUAUAAACUCAUACUUUAAAAGGGGUUUAGAAGAUCAGGUGCAACCUACCAUAAAGUCAUUGAAUUCUAGGUUUUAUCAGCCUAUGAUCAGCAAAAUUGCAAGCAUGGGUCAUGGUUACAUUGGACCUUCAUAUCAUGAUUUACGUGUUCGUUUACUACGUGAUGCUAAACUGCAAGUUUCUUUAAUUAUUGACUCUGUUAGGAGUACAUGGGCUGAUACUGGUUGUACUUUGAUGGCUGAUGGAUGGAAAGAUACAAGGCAAAGACCAUUAAUCAAUUGUCUGGUCUACUGUCCUAAAGGGAUAACUUUCAUCAAAUCAGUAGAUGCUUCUGGAAUAUAUACAAAUGCAGAGAAUUUGUGUAACCUAUUUGCUGACGUUGUGGAGAUUAUUGGCCCCCAAAAUGUGGUCCAUAUGGUGACAGAUAGUGCACCUAACUACAAAGCUGCUGGUGCUAAUCUUGUAGAAAGAUAUCCUGCCAUAUAUUGGUCGCCAUGUGCAGCCCACUGUAUUAAUUCGAUAUUUCAAGAUAUGGGAGAACUACCUCAGGUGGAGAAGCUAACCAGUUCUGCAUCAAAGAUAACUGUGUUUGCGUAUAACCAUAAGCAUAUCUUGAAUUGGUUAAGAAACAGACCAGGGUGGAGAGAGAUAAUUCGUCCUGCAGACACUCGUUUUGCUACAAAUUUCAUAGCUUUGCAGAGUUUGUACGCUCAUAAGGAUGAUUUGCAGAGUAUGGUGGUUGAUGAGGAGUUCAGAAAAAUAUCGAGAUCAGAGAAAGCAAAGCGUAUUAUGUCUCCUUUGAUCCGUUUGCUGCGUAUUUGUGAUUCUGAUGAGAAACCAUCUUUGCCUUAUGUAUAUGAAGGGAUGUAUAGGGCACGGUGGGAUAAGAUGUUACGUCGUGAUAUUUACGCUGCCGCUUACUUUUUGAAUCCAGCUUUCUUGUAUGAUACAAAGAAAUUUAGUGACAAGCCUGAGAUUACAAGUGGAAUGCUAAAUUUGAAUGGUGGUUUAAGUGAAACAAAACUAGUAGCUACUAUUGGCCGCUAUAGAGAUCGAGAAGGAAGUUUUCUCGGGAGAUGGCACUUACUUGUAGCAAAACUACUCGACCAGAUGAAUGGUGGAAAUUAUUUGGUUGUGAUAUUCCUGAUUUGCAAAAGCUCGCAGUCCGAAUUCUUAGUCAAACAGCUUCUUCAUCUGGAUGUGAGAGGAACUGGAGUGUGUUUGAACGCAUUCACACCAAAAAGAGAAAUAGACUGGAGCAUCAAAGGCUCAAUGAUCUUGUCUAUAUCAAAGAGAAGUAGAUCAUAUGAUCCAGUUGAUUACGAGUCUAUCGAUAAAACUGAGUUUUGGAUUGUGGAAGAAGAAGAAGAAGGGGAGCUUGAUUAUUCAGAGUUAGAAGAUAAACUUCUUGAAGAAUAUCCUAAAGAUGGUGAUGAAGAUUUGGACAAGGAAGAUUGA